AUACGCGUUAGUUUGACGCCUCGAAUCCCAAAAUAAGAAACAAACCGAAACCAUAAAUACACAUACACACGUAUCUUAAUUGCCUUCAUUCUUUCUUUCGAUAGCAGUUGGAGCUUUUCGUGGGAACAUUGGCAAAGCGAUAGUGAUUUUUUGUUGACGAAACAAUGGGGAAGGACAAACACCAUGAAGGUGACAAAGGGCUUUUUUCACAUCUUGGUCAUGCCGCAGGUGGGUAUCCUCCAGGACACUACCCUCCACAACAUGGGGGCUACCCUCCCCAAGGCUAUCCACCACAAGGAUAUCCCUCACAUGGCGGCUACCCACCUGCUGGAUAUCCACCACAAGGCUACCCACCUGCUGGAUAUCCCCCUGGUGCAUACCCACCAGCUGGUUAUCCAGGCUCAUCUGCUGGACAUCACGGAGGGCAUGGGGGCUUGGGAGGGAUGAUAGCUGGGGGUGCUGCAGCAGCAGCAGCAGCUUAUGGUGCUCAUCAGAUGUCGCAUGGUGCUCACCACGUCGCACAUGGUGGUGGUUACGCUGGACAUGGUUACGGUCACGGAAAGUUCAAGCACGGAAAGCAUGGGAAGUUCAAGCACGGGAAAUUUGGCAAGCAUGGAAAGCACGGAAUGUUCGGACACGGAAAAUUCAAGAAGUGGAAGUAAUUCUGUGUGCCUUGACUGAAUCUGAACAACGCUCACUCUAUAUAGUUGCUAAUUUCUGGUUUUACAAAUAAUGCGUACGCUUUCGGUUCCAGUAAGCGUUUAUUUGACUGUCUAUACUGCUUUGUUGCCUUGAUUUGUCAGUGUUACUGUAGUUUCCCCUUAUGAUUUAUGCUUUCUUGGCUGCCA